AUGCUGAAGCUCUUCACAUCCCAUCACGUGGCUAGCCGGUUAAGGAACCGGAGUUCCCACAAAUUGGCUCGUAGAGCUUUCUUAUCGACACUAACCGAUUCCAAGCCUACCGACACUGUCUCUGCUAAACCAUGCCUGGAGGAUUGUCAAACGGUUAUAGCAUUGCCGUUGCUCCGCAAGCCACUUAUUCCCGGUUUUUACAUGCCACUCUAUGUCAAGGAUCCUAAAAUACUUGCAGCUUUACAAGAGAGCAAAAGCGGUCAAGCUCCAUAUGCAGGGGCUUUCCUUUUGAAGGAUGAUAAAGACCCUUCAAUAUCUUCAUCUUAUUCUAGCUUUGAAACAGUGAAUAUCCUAGAUAAGUUGAAAGGCAAAGAGUUGCUUAACAAAAUUCACCAAGUUGGCACACUUGCUCAGAUUUUAAGUAUCCAAGGUGAGCAAGUCAUCCUUAUUGGUCGCAAACGACUUCAAAUAACAGAGAUGGUGAAUGAAGAUCCUCUAACUGUCAAAACUCAUCAUAUAAAGGAUAAGCCAUAUGACAAGAAAGAUAAGGUCAUCAUCAAGGCAACAUACUUUGAGGUUAUUUCUAUGCUUAGGGAAGUCUUAGAGACAACAUCACUCUGGAGGGAUCAAGUUCAGACAUAUACACAGGCUAAUGACUUCAAUUAUAAUAAGUUAGCUGAUUUUGGAGCCGGGAUCUCUGGCGCUAACAAACAUAAAAUUCAGGAGGUUCUUGAAGAAUUGGAUGUUCAUAAGCGUCUGGACUUGAUUAAAAAACAAGUGGAAAUUAACAAAAUUCAAGUGUUUCAUGCCUCCAUUUUCCCGGAAUCCGCAGCAAAAACUGUUGAAGACAAGAAGGAAUCCACACUUAAGACUGUUGAAGACAAAAAGGAGGAGUCUGGUUCUGCUAAAUACGUCAAAAAAACUCGUCCUUCUGUUUCUGCAGACAAGUUUAGGGAAAGGGUUGACAUAAAACUUUUAAUGGAGGAAAUUCCAAAACAUGUAGUAAAAGUCAUGGAAGAAAAUUUUGAAAAACUUGAUAGGGGAGAAAAUUCCAAAAGUAUCUAUAACUACCUUGAUUGGUUGACCGCGUUGCCUUGGGGGAAAUGCAGUGAUGAUAAUUUCGAUGUCCUACGGGCAGAAAAGAUUCUUGACGAGGAUCACUACGGAUUACGUGAUGUAAAAGAAAGAAUACUAGAGUUUAUUGCUGUGGGAACACUUACACAGAAUCCAGAGGGGAAGAUCAUUUGUCUUUCUGGCCCUCCUGGGGUAGGAAAAACUAGUAUUGCUCGUUCUGUCGCACGUGCUCUUGGCCGCAAGUUCUUUCGGCUAGCUGUUGGAGGACUAUCUGAUAGUUCCGAGAUCAAGGGGGACCGUAGAGUAUACUCUGAGGCCAUGCCCGGAAAGAUGGUGCAAUGUCUAAAGGAAGUGGGAACAGAGAAUCCUCUUGUUUUACUCGAUGAGAUUGAUAAGCUUGGACAGAGUCGUAAACACGAUCCAGAGGGUGCGUUGUUGGAGCUUCUGGAUCCACAACAAAAUGCACAUUUUCUAGAUUACUUUCUUGAUGUUCCUAUCGACUUAUCUAAGGUUUUGUUUGUAUGCACAGCAAACGAUACAGAUCUGAUUUCGGGUCCAUUGCUAGAUAGAAUGGAGGUUAUUGAACUGGCAGGGUACACUGCCGAUGAGAAAAUGCAUAUUGCAAGAGACUAUUUGGUGAAAACUGUACAAAGAAAAUGUGGCAUUAAGCCUGAACAGGUUGAUGUGAGCGACGGGGCUCUUCUUUUCUUGAUAGAAAACUACUGCAGAGAAGCCGGAGUUAGAAAUCUCCAGAAGCAGAUUGAAAAGAUUUUUCGUAAGAUUGCUCUUAAACUUGUACGCCAACAAGCAGCCGCCAAAGAGGCUAUGGCCGAUUUAAAGUCCUCGGAAGCUGCUGCUAAAGGAUCCAUUGAGUUAACAAAUGAAUAUUUACGAUUAGCUGAUGUUCUUAAAGUAUUCGAAUACGCAGUUGGUGGGGGUCCAAUGAGCGAGGAGAGCAGAGAGGUAGCUGAAAAUUUUAUGAUUGAUGAAUCAAAUCUUGCAGAUUAUGUAGGCAAACCGGUUUUCCGAGGAGAGAGGAUCUAUGGGCAGACGCCAGUCGGGGUUGUAAUGGGUCUAGCUUGGACAUCCAUGGGCGGAUCAACGUUGUACAUAGAGACAACCUUUGUAGAAGAAGGUGAAGGCAAAGGUGGUCUUCAUAUAACGGGUCACCUUGGGAGUGUGAUGAAAGAAAGCGCAGAGAUAGCUCAUACAGUUGCCAGAAGAAUAAUGUUUGAUAAAGAUCCUGAGAACCUCUUCUUUGCAAACUCCAAGCUUCAUUUACAUGUUCCUGAAGGAGCCACACCAAAAGACGGUCCAAGCGCAGGCUGCACAAUGAUCACAUCUUUGCUGUCACUUGCAAUGAAGAAGCCUGUAAGAAAUGAUCUUGCAAUGACCGGAGAAGUCACUCUCACCGGUAGGAUUCUUCCAAUUGGAGGCCUUAAGGAGAAGACUAUGGCUGCAAGGCGGAGCCAAGUGAAGGUGAUAAUAUUCCCAGAGGCUAACCGGAGAGAUUUUGAGGAUCUUGAGGAAAGUGUUAAAGAAGGGCUCGAUGUUCAUUUCGUCGACGAAUAUGAGCAGAUCUUCGAGCUAGCCUUUGGCUAUGACCAUUAG